ACCUCGAAUUACCCGACUAUUUUUCUUAAUAAAUCACCUUUCGCUUGAAACAUGGACUCCCUAAAAAAGGACAAGGUACGGAUGGGCCAGUAAGCAGCCGCACAAUAUGAGGCAUUUGUCGACUGGAAAUGGUCAUUCAUGCACGCAUAAAGAUGACUGAAACAGACGUAUCAUUUGGUAACCGGAUGCACACGUGUAGAUUAUGAGCGAUGAAGAGAUUGACUGGGAGUCGCGCAAGCUGGGUACGAUGUACGGAUUUUGUGCACUAUUUGUGGCCUCAGUAAUGGGCAACAAGGCCCUGGGUCUGAAGCCCAAAAUGAAUGCGUUUUCAUCGGUUGCGACAGGCGCAGUGACGGGUUACAUGUGGCACGGGUUCACGCGGCAGGCAUACCAGAAGAAACGCCUUCAGAUGCUUGAAGAAGCCAGCGCAAGUGGAACUAUCUCGGGGUUUUGAAGAUGCCCUUGGCUGGCCGAAUAUAAGCUGUUGUCGAAGAGCUGACGUAUUCGUUCGUGGAGUUUAUAUAUAUUUUUUGUCGCAAGGCAGGGUUGUAUUAAUUAGAUACUUUCUAUAAAUAAAAUUUUGGAUUUCACGCGAUAUUUUUAAUUUGGUCCAUGCAACAGCGAUAUCCAAUGCUCAUCGCACAGUCACUCGAAACGAAGUAACAAUCAAAUCUGUUGGCACCGUGUUGUUGCCGGUGCUCACAGGCAGAUAAAUAUCAAGCGAUAACGAAGUAAGAAACCAGUGACAACGAGGAGAGGUGGCCGACGGCCCAUCCAACUGCUGCUGCCUGCCUGCUUGUUGGAAGAGAGAAGAAAAAAAGAAAACAAACGAUUUGUGACAUGCUG